AUGUGCAUAGGUUGCUGUUGCUUUCCCAAUAAGGAAAAGUGGAAAAGCACGACGACUGUGCUGGCGAUUCCAGCUGAAUACAUGGCUUUGAUUACUGAAAAAGAUGGCAAAGGAUGUGGAAGAAUAGAGCACAAAACAAAUACAGUCAUUUAUGUCGACACGAAAAAGAUAAAACACGGUAAAGACAACGUUUGGCUCAGCAUUACCGGAAAUCCGUCCGCCGUUGCUGCCGCGCGGGAGAUGAUCCAGGCGGAACUUCAUUCAGAAGAUGAUUCCUCUGCUAACUAA